CUUUUUUCGUUUAGGGCAAAAUGGUAGGUUCUCUGCCUGCCUUGUGAUUUAAGAAAGAAUAUAAGGAAGGGGUUUAUGAAGAGGGGAGGUUCCAUUUUUCCAAUUGGAAACAAAAACUGUAAAAAACAGAGAAUCAAAUCGACAGACCAACCUCGCCUACUACUCUCCCUGCACAUAUGCUCGAUGCAACUUUUUCAGUUGUUGUGGCUGUUGGCUGUGGAUGCAAGAAAAUAACUAGAAAUAGCUGCAACUGCAGCCAAAUAAGCUGCACUGAUGCAGCGACAGUCACCGUACCAUGUUUAAUUUUAAUACAGGACCUUGUUUUUUCUCAUCUCCUUUUUCCUGCGUGCAUCAGCAGUUCAGUGUAUGCAGCCCCUGAUUACAGCAAUUUAUCAGAGGUUGGCUGGGACACGCGGCAGGACUCGCCCUGUCGUUCGUACGUUUAUACCAUCUAAAUCUUGCCCUAGCAAAUGCUGUUCGUUCUAAGCAUUUCAUUCCGAGAUUUUCUCGCAGAUUUCUGGCGCCGUACUGAGCAUUAUUAUGUUCUGCUUUGAUUUUUUUUUAUUGUGGUGUUCGGCUUAGUCUGUAGUUAUUGCUUGCAGGGUCAUAAACAGGGAAUGGUCCAAUGCUGAAUUCAUGAUGGUAGCAUGUAUCUCCUUUUUUCCUUCUUCUUGUAGUGCUAAUUAACAUAGAUAUGAGAUAAGAUAGGCGCAUGCGCAUGCGGCAUGCCUUCAGUUUAUCUAUGUUUUCUCACAUGUUGCUUGUAUUGCGCAUUACGGUAUGACCUUUAGUGAUCACCCUUAUGCGUCAGACCUCAGCUACACAUGGUUCAGUUUCUGAUUUUGCUUCAGCUCCAAGAGACCCCUAACCUUGAACUCUUCAUCUGUAUAUAUGUCUGAUAAGAGUUGCUAGAAAAAUCUGUCCUCUAGCCAAGGCAGGAAAAAAAACUUUGCUCAGUAUUUCCAAUGGCCAAUAAGAAAUUUCAAUCUAAUCUUAGUCAGCUGUCCUGAAUCAUCAAUAAAAAGCUGCAUCAUGGUCCUCAGGCCACAUAUAAUUGCCAUAUCAAUAUGGUGUCAGUGUUAAUGUAGGGGAUCUUGCUCCAUUGAAGCCACUCUGUAAGUACACGUAGCGUGUGAAUGCAUUUGAGUCGUUUAGACAAAUGUUGUUAGCAUUUUGACUAUUGCGUGUAGUUCUGGAGAAAAGUGGGCAAGACCUUUGGUUUGUCAUGCAAAUGUUUGAAAACAAAUCAGAAAACUGUACGUACCACAGUUUUAUAUUUAUGCCCAAUAUGACAUUGUUAUGAUGCAAAUCAAUUCCCUUUCUAUUUUUCUAAACUACGACACUAUUAAAGAAAAUAUGCAUCUUCGUCUCAUGUCUAUAAGCAUCAAUAAUAUUUGUCUGUUAACAACAUGGUGCAUCCUUUUAUAUAAUCAUGACAGUGUAGUUGAAUGCCGACAAGACAUGGAACUCAAUAGUGUAAUACUUGAGAUAUUGCCAUUGUUUCGCCUACUCUAAUAGAUUGUCCUGCUGCUUGUCCAGUCUGCUAGAUCGCAUACAUUAGCUCCAGUGUACAAUUUCUUGGCAACGUGCAAGGCUGGUCGUAUCACAAGGUGUUUUGCCAGUCAAAUAAGUGUGAACAUAUAAAUCUGUUACUUCAUACUAAAGUGAGCUCCAUAUGCAAUAGAAUAUGUAGUAUCCCAACUUUCCCUACCAUGGAGGGGAGAUGAAAGAGAAUAAGUGGUGAAUACUGUUUAUUUAUUUCUUGAUACCGGAUGCAAAAAUAAACAACAUGUAUUAAAAAUGUUUUAACCUGACAAUUACUCUCCGUUCCAAACUAUAAGUUGUUCUAACUUUCAUAGAGUCAAAGCAUCUUAGGUUUCAUCAAAAUUAUAGAGAGAGUUCUAAAGACUUAUAGCAUCAAAUGGUUAUAUUAUGAAAAUACAAUUAAUAGAGAAUCCAAUAAUAUUAUUUGUUACCAUAAAUGCUAUUAUUUUAUUAUAUAAAUCUGGUCAAAUUUGAGGCACUUUGAUUCUCUAAAAAAGUUAAAAUAAUCUAUAAUUUAGAAUGAAUGGAAUAUAUAUUUUUCUCCUUCUCUCUCAUUCUUCAGUCUUGACCUCCUUAGAGCUGUCCUCAGUCCUCGAAAGGGUGCCUUGAAGCCCAUGUGCAUGGGUAGAUUAGGUGGCAUGUAUAUUAUUUGGCAGUCUAAGAAUAGAAAAGGUCCUCUAGGCCUGAGAGUCCUCUGCUGGUUUUACUUUAAUUAUAAUCUGGCAGCUUUAAAUCUUGGCUCCUGUUUUGCUUUUACCUGUUUAUCAUAUUGAAAGUUGUGACACAGGAAAGGGCGCGUGAGCUGCUUUCCCUUUUCUCCCAUUUGUUUUAUUCUUACAAGGAGCCUGCAAAAACGUUUGAUGCAAGAAUGCCCCAUUUGUUUUGGCCUGAUCACAUGGCACCACUAUGAUGACUCUUUAAUCAAAGCCUCAUCGAUAAUCAACUCUGUUAUACUAAGCCUUGGGAGGCGAGUUUUUGGUUCCUUGUGGGUGCUUUUGAAGCAAGUACAGCUAUUCAUUAACCCGCCCAAACUUAUUAUCUGACAAUAAGGUAUAUAUACACACACAUAUAGAAUUUCGUAUUUUCCUUCGUGACUACAAAGUACAAGAAAUGGAUUCUUGAAUCCAUUUUUUUUUUUGUAAAAGAAUGUUUUUUAGUGAUCCUUCAGCAUUUGAACUCAGCAAGGGUGCUCCGAGCCACCAAAUGUUUGAAGUAAAAGAAGGCGAGGAACUGAACGGUCUCGGGAACUAUUUUCUUUGACUCAAAAGAAAAGAGAAACUACUUUCAAAUAAUGAUGACUAUCAAUAUGAUCAUGCUAAUGGUUAGUAAAGUACUAUGACAUAUGGUUAGUAAACUUCUGAUGCCCAUGUUACCUAUGCAGCUCUUUGCUUUCCGGCCAGACUUACGGCGUGCCAAACUUGUUCAUCUGUUCCUUCAGUUCAUGUUCAUGCCGUUUCUUGCCAAAAGUCUAGCGUUGAAAAAAAGCGCCGCACUCUGGAAACGAAGCCAACAGGCUCCAACUGGACAAGAUCCGGUCUUUCUAACACCUCUUGUGCUACUAAAGACAUCCCACUCUCUCACCUUGCUACUGAUUUCCCAAAAGGCCCAAGCUUCGUUCUUAUCCCCUCAGUCAGCUGGACAGCUGUGUGCAUGGCAGGCUGUAGUAGUGUCCAAGCAAAACAGGCACAGGUUCAGGUUCUGCAAAUUUGGAUGGAGGGAAGGGAGGGUAUUGCAGUUGGCCGCGAAUCCGGCCACGGCAGCAUGUUCAGAGCAGCAGACAUCGCCAUGGCGGAGGCGCAAGAAGCAGCAGCGAAAGGCUACCAGUCCUCUCCAUCCUCGCCGUCGACGUCCCCCACGCCGUCGCCGCCAGCGGCUGCGGCUGGCCACGCCGGGGACGCCGCCGCGACUCCGCUUGCCUGGAGCUUGGGCGGCGAGACGCCGAGUGGGGCCGUGGUGGUGGACAACGGCACGCAAACGGCCGGGCAGAGCGAGCACGCCAGCCUGAGCUCCGGGCGCCGCCGGGGCCGGCCGCGCGGUUCCGGGAGGCGCCAGAUCCUAGCCACUCUAGGGGAAUGGUACGCGCUGUCAGCCGGCGGGAGCUUCACGCCUCAUGUCAUCAUCGUGGGUACUGGGGAGGAUGUGGCGGCGCGCAUCAUGUCGUUUUCUCAGAAGGGUCCACGCUCGGUCUGCAUCCUCUCUGCCAACGGGUCAAUCUCUAAUGUAACACUGAGGCAGCCGGAUGCAUCUGGGAGCACCUUCACCUACGAGGGCCGUUUCGAGAUCCUGCAGCUGAUGGGCUCCUUCACAAUGGCCGAGGAAGGCCGGAGGAGAACCGGCGGGCUGAGCGUCUCUCUUGCUGGCCCUGACGGCCGCGUAGUCGGCGGCGUAGUGGCUGGGAUGCUGCGUGCUGCAAGUCCUAUACAGGUGAUCGUCGGAAGCUUCCUGCCCAACAGCCUGAAGCAGCACCAGAGGAGGAGGAUGAGCAUGCAGCAGCCUUCCCCCGUUCCGGCGUUACCAGCACCCGUGGCACCCCCGCCGCCGGUGCUUACCGCGGCCACCCCGAUCUCGCAGGCAGGUCCCGGGAACGGGUUCCACGCACCGCCGCCGCCGCACUCCGCAGCACCUCCCCAGCCCCACGCCAACGCCAUGAACCUGAACGCGACGACGACGGGCUUCACCAUGGUCGGCUGGCCUGCAAGCUCGCCGCAGCCCAUGGCGUACAGGGCUUCACCUGACAUCAACGUCAGCUUGACUCCCCAGGAGUAGGAUCGCUGGGCUCGUCUUCUUCCUUUUUCUUUCUUUUUUUUUUCUUUCCCUGGGCUGACACGUUUUGGGUGGGAGAGAGGAAACAGAGCGUGGCUGAUGCUCUGAAUGAGAUUAUGGACUAAUCUGGUGUUAAUUUUAGGGUAGGGCGUGCCAACUUGUUUGGGUUGCUGCUUUCGGCCGUCAUGGCUGUGGAUGUUGAUUUAGUUCUAGUUCUAGUCAGUCAGUCCUAUUCAGUUUCUGUCUUUCUGCGCUGCAGCUAUUUAGCAUGUCCUGUUAUUGGUGAAUCUUUUCUGAUGAUAGAGGGAGGAAUCAUCUUCUGAUGACAGAGGAAUCAGUUCUGUUAUUUG